GGUAGAAAAUAAACGACCUAUGGUUCACUCACAUUUAUUAUCCACCCACCCCCACUUUGAAUCUUUUGUGGGUCGUCUGGUCCAUUUCAACCACUCAUUCAGUCAAUUUCUUGCCCCCAUCUCUUACCCCCUAAGAUUUGUUUUAAUUAACUCUAUAACAAUCUUUCCUUUUUUGUUUUGUUUUGUUUUAAUUUACUUUGUUUCCUUUUCUCCUCGCUCUUGCAUUUCUCGCCGGUCCUAUAAAAGCGACCAUGCUCUGUACUACUUUGUUGGUGUGUCUUCCUGUUUCUCUUUUUGCUUCUUCUUACGCAUGGACCUCGAAGCAGAACUCAUGAGCGAUGAGUCGCCCUCGUUCAUGAGCCUUCUCCUUGACAAGGAUCAUCCAAUACAACAAACACUACAACUGGAAAGUUUCGUAGGAGGGCUUCACAAAACACCAUCUUCUUUUUCCUUCUCUUCUUCAUCACAUUCCCCUAAUGACUUGCUCAUUCAAAAUUUCCCUCAUGUUGAUGAUCACCAUUAUCAACCCCACCAACCCCCUAUUGAAGCUUUUCUUGACUAUAGCAACAAUCCUAAUAGUUUCUCAAUUGAAGGGUUCUCUUCUUCGCCGAUCUCGUCGCAAACCAUACAAAAUCCAUAUUUUCCCGUCUUCUCACAACAAAACAAUCUGCCCUUUCCGAAUCCUUCUCUGAAAAGGAUUGGCGAGGAUGAGGUGGGGAAUGAGAGACCAUCACUCUCAGUAGAAUCUCCAAAGAAAUCUCUCGCCAAAGGCCAAUGGACCGAUGAAGAAGACAACCGGCUGGUUCAAUUGGUGGGUGCGCUUGGAGUCAAGAGCUGGAGUCAAGUUGCUAAGAAGCUUGGUGGUAGAAUUGGAAAACAGUGUAGAGAAAGGUGGCACAACCACCUAAAGCCAUAUAUCAAGAAAGAUGCAUGGAGCGAGGAAGAGGAUAUGAGGCUAAUCCAGGCCCACAUGGAGUUAGGAAACAAAUGGGCCCAAAUCGCGGAAGUACUCCCGGGCCGGACCGAGAACAGCAUCAAAAACCACUGGAACGCCACAAAAAGGCGACAGGUCAAUUCCGCCAGGAGGAACUACCGGUUCCCUGAGCCCUCCGCCGCCCUCAAGAACUACAUCGACGCCGUCACCUCCCCAUCCUCGCCGUCAAUUCAAUCUCCUGCGUCGUCCAGUUUGGCGACGAAUGGCGACUCUUCCAUCGGAUCUCCGUCUGAGGAAGCUUCUGAGGCGCCUGCCACCGGCGUAAUGAAUGAACUGAGCGAGGCGGCGGAGCAGCCGUUCGAUUUCGGUGGCGGCAGCGAUUCGGGAUUCGGAGCGGGCGGGUUCGGGUCUGAUAUGGAGAUUGAUGAAUUUUCGGUUGCUGAUUUCGAUUAUGCCAAUUUGGUUGGGAUGUCGAUUGAUAGUUACAACGGCGAGGUGGAGGGUGAGGGGACGGUGCGGGCCGGCGACGGCGGGGAAGAGGCAGAGGGGAUGAGUUGGCAGGAUAUUCUGAAUAGCCAAGUUUAAUUAUGUUUGGUGAUUUAGUUAUGGAAUAAUUAAGUUUGGUAAUUACAUCAAUUAAAGCAUUGUUCUGUUGGGAAAAGGGACUGCUUUUCCAUUAAUGGCAUUAAUGAUUUUUGUUGUUUUCUUUGAAACUAAUGAAUGUUUUUUUUAAUGUCUAUAAAAAGAUAGAUUUUUUUAUUAUUCAAAAUAUUGAAAUAAUAAAAAUUAGUCAAUAUAUUGAAAUAAUAAGAAUUAGUCAAAUAUUAACUUUUAAUUAAUAAUUUUGUUAGUAAUAUUGACUUGACAACAUGAUACUGACUUGGAAGAUACACAUGAAGGUUAACAUUCUAAAAUUUUAGUAUUUUAACUGAGAAAAAGUUACAAAACUAUUAACGAUAACGUAAAAAUGAUUAAUAUUUUGAUACAUUACGAAAGAUUUGGCUAAUUAAUAACAUUUUAAUAAGUUUGGAUAAUAUAAAAAAAUCUGAAAACGUUUGGAUAAAAAAUAGACAUUACCCAUUUUUUUAAUGAAUUAAACUAUCAAACUCUAUUUUGACCAGUCAAACCUAAUUUGAAACAUUUUGACUUAAUAAAUAUGGAAAAUAACAGGACACACAACUCUCUACUACAAAACCACGGGGUGAGUUAGCUCGACUAAAACGACACUCCUUAUUAGGGGGUCGGUUAGCAUGCUAACCCCUUAGGGGUUGGAAAAAUGACACCCCUAGUAUAUUAAAUACAACUAUAGAAUUUAAUACACACAUUAAAUACACAUUAGGAAUUAAAUGCACAAUAUUAAUUAUUUGUUUUUUUCAAAUUGAAACCUACACUAAAUACAUUUUCUCUCACUAUAUCUGAUUUUUCCCUUUUCAGCAGUCUCCGACCACCAGACUUCCUCCGACCGCCACACUUCUUCGGUGAAAAUCCCAUCGGCAGACUCCCUCCGACCACAUCCAAAAAAUAUAUCACUGCACUGAUACGUUGUACCACUGUACUGAUAGAUAUACCACUGCACUGGUAGCGAUAUCAGUGCAAUGGUACCAAUGUCAUAUCUGAGUAUUAGUGCAGUGGUACAAAUACCAGUAAAGUGGUACAACAUAUCAGUGCAGUGGUAUAUUUUUGCAUGUGACCGGAGAGAGUUUGUCGGCGGAUUUUACCGGCGAAGUGUGGUGGUCGGAGGAAACUUGGUGGUCGGAGGCUGCUCGGAAAGGAAGAAUCAGAGAUAGGAGUGAGAAAGAUCAAAGAUGAGAGAGAGAAUUGUAUUUUGUAUAUGUUUAGAUUUUUUUAAAAACAAAUAAUUAAUGUGGUGUAUUUAAUGCUUACUUUGUAUUCAAUAACAGAACAUUUAUUUUGUUUACUUUCAUUAAUAUUUGUCAAUGAUUAAUGAAAAAAUUGACCAAUUAAAAGGGGUGUAAAAAAACCAGCCCUUAAAAGGGUGUUAGCAUGCUAACCCGUCCCCCUUAUUAGUUGUAAGUUUUUAAGGUAUUAAAUCUGUGUUUCAUUUAAUGAUAUGUGAAAAUUAAAAAUUUAUAUUAAUUAAAUUCCUUUUUAUAUUAAAAAUUCAUUAAUUGCAUUUCUAUCCCCACAUUUCUUACUUUUUCCUCUUCCAACAAUAUUGUUGCAUUUUUCUGAUAGACUCCUUCCGAUCAUACUCUCGUCGGCAAACUCCUUUCGGUCAGAUUUUCUCUAGCAGACCUCCUCUAACCAUCUAAAAAAAGUAUCACUGCAUUUAAAAGUGUCAUUGCACUGAUAACUUUACCAGUACACUGAUACUAUUGCAAUGAUAACAUUACCACUUUACCAGUACACUGAUACAACUACCAGUACAUUAAUAAUGUUACCACGGGAAUUAAACGUGUCAGUCGCCGCCUGGGAGAGGAGCGACUGUAUAAGGAGUUGCAGAGACGUGACAUGAGGAGUUGCUGGGAAGGCGACCGUGGGUUCGUGGUGGAGUGCGGCGGCGGGGAGAUGGAGGAGAGGGAAAUGUAAUCAACGUAGGUUUAAUUU